AUGCCAGAUGACGAAGUGGAGGAGGAAUUCAUCUGCACAGCUCUGAAAAAACCAACAACAACUACACAGAAACCAACAACAACUACACAGAAACCAACAACAACUACACAGGAACCAACAACAACAACUACACAGGAACCAACAACAACUACAUUGGAACCAACAACAACUACACAGAAACCAACAACUACACAGGAACCAACAACAACAGCUACACAGGAACCAACAACAACUACACAGAAACCAACAACAACUACACAGGAACCACCAACAACUACACAGGAACCACCAACAACUACACAGGAACCAACCACCACUUUCAUCACAAGGACUACGAAAAAAACUAUUCGCAGGCAUAAACACUACUAUUUUGGAAAGCAUGGGCCAAAACAUUUCUUCCCAUCGACAGACGACUGUUGUCCUGAUGGCUGGAGUCACUUUGGGUCUCGCUGCUUCAUGUUCUUCCGUAAGCCCAAGACCUGGAUCGACGCAGAGCUCUCCUGCAUUGAAAUUGGUGGAAACCUGGCCUCUAUCCACAGUUCUGAUGACAAUCAAUUCAUCCAAGACACUGUAUUGCGUCUAACUGGGUCACACUGGAGAGUUUGGAUCGGUGGACAUGAUGGAGUUGAGGAGGGGGUGUGGCAGUGGACUGAUGGGUCACCAUUUGACUUUAAUCACUGGAAUUAUGGAGAACCCAAUAACUUCAGAGGUGAACACUGCCUUGUGAUGAACUGGGGAGCACACUUGUGGAGUGACUAUCGGUGCACCUAUAGACUACCCUACAUGUGCUCCAGUCGCCCAGUUCCCAAGACUCGGACAAGACACUGAAGGCUGCCAGAGCAAAUGCCUUUACUUAUUAAAACUAUUUGUUGUGUAACUAAUAACAUUUCUAUUUUCUCUAAACCAGGGGUGUCCAAACUUUUCUCAGGGCCACAUAUAAAAACACAGACAAAGCUGAGGGCCGAUUGAGGCCCAUAGACUGGUCACGAAUACAGUGAACACUUCAAAUCUGUGUUAUUAUUAAGUUAGACUGAACCACUAGACCUUUAUUCAUGCUUAGAUUCCUCAAUGGGACAAUAUUUCAGAAAUGCACAGUAAAAAGUACUGUUUAAGGUAAUAUGGGCCAAUUAAACUGGAGGGCCUGAGGGCCAAGAAAAAUUAGUCUGAGGGUCGCAUUUGGCCCCCGGGCCACAGUUUGGGCAUGCCUGCUCUAAACCAUGUUCUUAUGGUUCACAUCAAAUCAAAGACAGAUGUUAUUGUGUUGACAUAAAUAAAGAAUUUAUCUCCGUAAUUGUUCUUUUGUUAGU